CAGUCACACCCGCCACCCAAGAUAAACGCUGUCCCAGUACAAAUGCCGGUUUCAGCCAAUGGAAGCGUUACAGUUCCGCGCAAGAAGUCGCGUGCUGCGGAUGUGCCUCCAUACAGUGCCUCUAUAUUUUGCUCUUUGAAUCUAAGUGUAGGUGGAUUCUCGAGUGAUCAAGUGACUAUUUACCUCUACUACUACUAUUAUUACAACCAAGUGCACUGUGCAGUGAAUACGUAACGAUGCAUCCAGCGUUUGAAAAUGCCGGCAUUAGCAAGGGUCUGGAAGUGUGGCGCAUUGAGAACUUUGAGCCCGUCCCGGUACCGGUAAAAGAGUAUGGCAAAUUCUACACCGGUGAUUCCUACAUCGUACUGAAUACGAAAGAAUCCAAGAGUGGCAUACUCUCGUGGGACGUCCACUUCUGGCUUGGGCUGGAAACGUCUCAGGACGAGGCCGGUUCGGCGGCAAUUCUAACCGUCCAGCUGGAUGAUCGUCAUAACGGCGCCCCGGUUCAGCAUCGUGAGGUGCAGGAUCACGAGGGUUCGCUGUUUCUGAGCUACUUCCCGGGCGGUGUGCGCUACGCUGCCGGUGGCGUCAAGAGCGGCUUCAACGAGGUCGAAACGAAUGCGGCCGGCGAGAAGCGUCUGUUCCAGGUGAAGGGCGCAAAGAAUGUGCGCGUCCGCCAGGUGCCACUGUCGAUUGGGUCGAUGAACAAGGGCGAUUGCUUCAUACUGGAUGCCGGGUACGAUAUCUACGUGUACGUGGGAGCUUCCGCUAAGCGGGUGGAGAAGAUAAAGGCGAUCAGUGCUGCGGGCCAGAUUCGCGAUCAAGAUCAUGCGGGUCGUGCCAAUGUGCACAUCUUAGAUGAGUUUGCAAGCUCCGCGGAACAGCAGGAAUUCUUUGACGUGCUCGGUGAAGGUUCUCCCGACGCUGUGGCAGAAGAGUCGGAGUCGGACGAAGCGUACGAACGGUCCGACUGUAAGGCGAUCGCUCUCUACCACGUGUCGGAUGCUAGCGGAUCGCUCGAGAUCACACCGAUCGGGGAGCGUCCGUUGAAGCAGAGCAUGCUGGAUUCUAAUCAGGACUGCUACAUCCUCGACACCGGGGCAGGCAGUAUCUACGUGUGGAUCGGCAAGGGUGCAACCGGUCAGGAACGGUCCCAGGCAAUGGUGAAGGCGCAGGAGUUUAUCACCGCCAAGGGCUACCCGGUCCACACCGCCGUACAUCGCGUGGUGGAGAACGGAGAAACGACCGACUUCAAGCAAUUCUUCGCCAGCUGGCGCGAUAAGGGCAUUAGCCACGCGCAGCUCAUCAAAACCGCCAUGGGCAGCGGGGACGAGUCGGAUGCGGAGGCCGAGUUCGAUCCGGAGGUGUUGCACACGUUCAAGAAGAACGGUGGCCGUGCGCUCGGCUUCAUGCCGGACAAUGGUCAGGGUGCGGUGGAGAUAUGGCGCGUACAGAACUACGACCUGGAGCCGGUUGAGCCGGAUGCGUACGGUACGUUCUACGCCGGUGACUCGUACCUCGUGCGGUACGAGUACACGGUCCGGGCCGGUGGCCACGGGUACAUCGUGUACUUCUGGCAGGGCAAAACGUCCAGCACUACGGAGAAGGGUGCAUCGGCCAUGCACGCCGUCCGCAUGGACGAUGAGCUGAACGGGAAAGCGAUUCUUGUGCGCGUCGCUCAGGGCAAUGAACCGCGCCACUUUAUGAAGCUGUUCAAGGGCAGAAUGGUGACGCUGUUGGGCGAUUACGGCAAGCAGUCGGCGGAAGAUACGAAACUGUUCCGCAUUCGCGGUACCUGUUCCGAUGAUGUGCGAGCGGAAGAGAUGGCCCCGACGGCAGCAUCGCUAGCGUCGGACGAUGUGUUCCUGCUGAAGACGGCGGGCACCGUGUACAUCUGGCACGGUGUCGGUGCGUCCGAUCUGGAGAAGGAUAUGGCGGCCAACAUUGCCGGUGUGGUUGCGCCCGACGCAAGUGCCGAAGUUGUUGCGGAAGAGUCGGAACCGGAGGAGUUCUGGGCAGCGCUCGGUGGAAAGGAUGAGUACGAUCGGGAGCUGGAUCCGGCUGGUGCUCCGUUCCUGACGCCCCGGCUGUUCCACUGUCGCAUUCUGUACAACAAGAAGCUGCGCGUCGAGGAAGUGCCACACUUCGAGCAGGAGGAUCUCAACGUGGACGAUGUGAUGGUACUGGAUGGUGGCGACGAAAUCUACUGCUGGAUCGGUAACGGUGCAACCGAGGAGGAACGCAGCAAGUCGAUCGAUAUGGCCCGCCAGUACAUCCGUACCGAUCCGUCCGAGCGGUCGGAGGAGACGGUCCCGAUCGUUGUACUUAAGCAGGGCGCCGAGCCGAGAAGCUUCAAGCGACUCUUCCCCACGUGGGACGAUGCUUUCUGGGAGAACCAAAUGUCAUACGAAGCGUACCGGCAGCAGGCUUUGGAGCAAAACCAGCAUGCUGCUUAGAUACGCAUCGACCAUUCAUCCACUAUCACGUGUCAUUUCGCCCGUCACGUGUCAUACUCGUAUAUGCACCAUUACUACCUUGCUACAUUUAAUCUGUACGUUUAUUACGAACGUUCGCACAAAGGAAUAAAACUGUGUUUGAAGUAAA